CUCGAAGGUAGCCUCUUGAGCAUCAGGAAUACAUUGCACACAAUCCAAUCAUACACACACAAUUCACUGUGUGUUUUAUUCUGGCAGGUGAAAAAGGAAUCUUCAUGUUCACCACCUCCACCAGAUCCAGUAACUCCUUUGAUGGAAACUGACUGGUGUGAAAUCAACUGGGGUAAAAACAAUGAGAUGAAGAAGAAUCUGAGGAAACUUCAACUCAAGAAUCCUGCUGUUGAGCAUCUCCACAUCCUUGUGAUUGGCCCUGUUGGAUCUGGAAAGUCCAGCUUCGUUCAGUCUGUGAAGAGCAUCUUCAAGAACAGGAUGGUCAAUACAGCUUGCACAGUGGCAGCUGGUGACAGAUGCUUUACUCACGCAUUCACAACUAACCAAUUUGAAGAUGAACGUGGAAGCAUUCUACCAUUUGUCAUCAGUGAUGUCAUGGGCCUGGGCAAGGAUUCUGGAGUGCAGGCUAGUGACAUCAUCAACAGCUUAAGUGGUCACAUCAAAGAGGGCUACACGUUUAAUCCUGUAAGGCCAUGCUCUGAAAAAGACACAGGGUACAACAGCUGCCCAACUGUGAAUGACAAGGUUCACUGCUUGGUGUUCAUCCUUCCAAUAGACAGCGUCACAGGCAGUGGCCAUUUGGACAAUAACCUCAUCGGGAUGAUGCAAAACAUUCGUCAAAAUGCUUGUGAUUUGAGGAUCCCUCAGGUGGUCGUCUUGACAAAAGUGGACGAGGCUUGUCCUCAUGUGAAGGAGGACAUCAAACAUAUGUACUGGAGCAAGACCAUCCAUCAAAAGGCUCAAACAUGUAAUGAAGACUUGGGAAUUCCUAUGACCAACAUCUUCCCAGUGAAGAACUACCAUGAGGAGAAGCAGCUCAACCCUGAUAUGGAUGCACUGCUGCUGUUCACACUGACACACAUCCUGAACUAUGCCAAUGAUUUUGUGGAGAACAUCAAGGAGCCUGAAGGUGCGGGAGAUCACAAUGAAAGCACUGAAACCUUUUUCUCACUCACAUAGAUUUGAGACCUUUAGUGGACAGCAACAACCCAGGGGCA